AUGGGAAUCAUCAAUCCAAUACAUUAAUUCGAGGAUCCAAAUAUCAUUAAAAAUGAAGCGAAAUAAAAAGAGCAGGAAUGGUAUGCUUAGAGGAUGAAAUAAAAAUAGAGACCAAAACCAGAAGAUCCAUUAAUUGAACCCUAAGCUGAGUAGAAUCUGAGAUGAAACACCCAGAUAUUUGGGAUAAAAGUACGCACGUUGAGUCCUUGAGAAUUAAUAAAGUUAUGAAAUAAGAGGGCAAGGAAAGACUUUAAUCAGCCAAAGUGACACAAUAACAAUAUUUUCCAGUAUAGGAUAAGUAGAAGGAAACUUGA